GGGGAUUGGGGAAGAAGUGAAGAAGUGCAGGGUGGGAAGGGUCUUUGAUUAUGUUCACUGUUUUACCAAGACAGUGAGAAAUGAGACAGAGACCAUUCUGGGAAGCUGGUUUCUGUGAUGUUGUGAGCUGUGCCCACAAUUCUACAGUUUCUUGCAGCCAUGGGCAAAGCAGUUGCAGUACCAAGCCAUGAUUCAUCCAGAUAGAUAUGUCAAUAUCUAUAUGUCAAUGUCAAUAUGUCAAUAAAAAUUGGUGAGGAUAAAAGGGGAUAUGCCAAAGUUUUACAGUCAAGUUAGGAAAUAGUCAGGGCUGAACUUCCUUGGUCGUGGCAUCAAUGUGGUUGGACCAAGACUCCUAAGAGCUUGAAACUCUCAACCUCGGGACUGUUUAUUGAAAGAGAGUGUGUGCCCCCCUCCCUGAAGUCAAUCUUUUGCUGACAUUGACAGAAACGUUGUUGUCACAUCACCAUGACUAGGCUCCUUAUCUUGCUCAUAAAAUAUGGCCCACUUCAGUAGUGUCCUCUUCAAACCUGCAGGUGGAGCUAGAGCAGAACUGGUCACGCAGUCAUUUGUGCUCAGGGAGUGAAGCAAGGGGCUGAGGCUGCAGCCUUGUGGGCACCGAUAUUGAGGAUAAUUGUGGUAGAGGUGUUGUUACCUAUCCUUACUAAUUGUGGUGUCACAGUGAGUGCUGGCAACAACUGAACCCAGGUGCAGAGGAACAACAGACUCCCAUGUAGAAACAGAAACAUGAGUUUAUACAUAGGAAUACUGAGAGAGCAUCAGUGGUUCGACCGCGAGACAAAUUAUUCUCAAAACAAGGACCACGCUAUAAGCACUAAUUGGAAAUCCACUUUAAAUAAUCACAAGAUGCAGAAAACUCCUGCCAAUCAAAAUAAACUUGAAAAGAUUAAACAGAAAGCACAAGGGCUUAAUAACUCUAGUUAAGACAACAAUUAACAAAUACAAGUGCAGUGGAAAUGUCAGAGCCCAAUGCUCUAUGGUUAGCCGCACAUUUGGUUUGUUGGUCAGGAGGCCAAGCAUGGAAACAGGUCCUUCAGCCCAACUCAUCUUUGCUGACCAAGAUGCUCAGCUGGUCUAGACCCACUUGUUCACGUUUGUCUCAUGCCCCUCAAAUGUUUUCUUGUCCAUGUACCUGUGGAAAUGUGUUUUAAAUGUUGUAUUUGUACCUGCUACAACCACUUCCUCUAGCAGUUUGUUCCGUAUACACACCCUCUGCUCGAAGUAGUUGCCCCUCAAGUCCCUUUUAAAUCUUUCCCCUCUCACUUUUUUGAACUCCUUUCCUUGGAAAAUAGACUAUGUGCAUUCACCCUAUCUAUGCUUCUCAUGAUGGCAUGUGUCUUUAUAAGGUCGCCCUCAGUCUCCUUUGCUCCUAACCUAUCCAACUUCUCCCCAAAGCACUACAGUCCUAGCAACUUAUCAUUAAAUUUUCUUUGCACACUUUCCUUCCGAGUGAUGUAUUUCCCAUAAGAGGGAAACCUCUGAACUACUAGCACUGUGAUCCUCACAUGUUCACUCAAGCACUUUGCCACAUGGAAUGUUGUACUUGUUCUCUCAGUUUUGACUGGCAUAACUACCACAGUUCUAUUUGAAUGGAGUUGUCUGUCAUUGGGGGUGGGGGUGAUGUUGGUGGGAGCUGAGCAAGCUUCAGGGACCAGAGAUUUAGGAACUGCUCAAGGAAUGUAUGCUGCACGUUUUGGGACAGUCACCAUAGUGAGGCCUCCAGAUCACUGCGAACUAAUUGGCCACAAAAGUUAAGAGGAGUUAUGGGAACACCAAAAGAUGUUCUCUAAUUACAAUCAGGAUAUCCACUCUGAGUCAGCCAAGCAUUAAUAUUGAACAGGAUCCACCUUGCAUUUUCAUCAAAACUAAAUGGGCAAAUACCUUCUGGCAAAUACAAUAAACUUAGACAUGCCCAGCAGUAGUUGCAACUUGCCUUCUUGUUGUUCAUGUCCUCAGUUCCUAGAUAUCAGGAGGAAACAAAGAAAGUUCUGAAAAUGAACAAAAUAGUUGCUGGUGCUGGAAAUCUUAAACAGAAAAGGAUUUCAGUUUCUCUUUCCACAGAUACUGCCUGAGCGGCUGAGUUUUUAUUUGUUUUGUAUUUUUUGAUAAUGGUGUCACGCAAAGUGAAGAUUGCCAUCCAGCGAAUGCGUCUGCAGAACGCUCCAAGCUUCACGUAAACCCACGAGGAAUGGGCUUGAAGACAUUAUCAACCCCACCUCGCUAUGCAGAUAUCUUCGAGGUUCCAGUAACUUCUAAUGAGAAGUCACCUCAGCAUGUGGGGACGUGACGUUAGUGGAGGGAAUGUUCUGCCUGAUAAGGAACACCAUCCACUCAGAACUUGCUCGACGCGAUAAUACCACAGGUGCAAACGUCAGCAUUAAAGGGACGCUUUCGCUCAACCCAGCACUUACACUUCUGAAAGCAGCAGCGCAAUAAGGCGGUUUAACGUUGAUUAGGGGGAAAAAAAAGACCUCGUCGAUCUCGGGACGGGUGUGUGAGGAGGCGGCAUUAGAAGGACCAAACUAUAAUACCUCCAGUCUGCGAGCCAAUGUUCGCAGUGAGCCGGCGACGUUCGGGCAGCGGCGGGCUGAUCGAGACCAAUACAGACUCAGUCUGAGAAACUUUAUAGGCGAGCAAGAGGAUUGAAGAAGGAAAAAGUCUAACAGUCCGGGAGAAAGAGUUUAAUUGCAUCCAGUGCAACAACUGGGGGUUGGUCCCAGUGAAUAGAGAAUUGGGGAGGCAAAAGGGGGCUACAAAUAAUGUUUUGCUUUAACAUCGCAUCUCUUUGAAAACAAGGAGGUGUUGUGUCGGAGAAGAGAGGAGGAGCUGACUUCUCGAGUCACUCUCACAGCGCCGGAGACACAUUUCAAUCGGAGUUUGAGGUUUUGAACAACAGCUCAAUGUCCAGAACGAUGUCUCAGGCAGAGGUAGACCUAGCCGGCUUUGGGGUCAUGGCUUCGGCGCUGGACUUGGAGCACUCUCCACUCCUAAACAAGAUGCACAGCCGCCGGCGGAGAUUUUCGGCCAAGGAAGGCAGGAGAAUCCCGCACCGAGCCCAGAGGAAAAGCUCCAUCGAGAUCGAGCUGGGCGCCGACGGGUUGCUGCUCCGCCGCCCGUCUUGGGCUCACCUCUACCCACCUGAUGGUGAACCGCUGCCGCGGCCGCGACCACGGCCGCGGCCGCUUCCCCCACCUCCUUCUCCUCCUCUUCCUCCUCUUGCCCCGAUUCUCGGCGGACCGGCAACGGACGAUGCGAGCCAAAGUAGCGCCAGUGCCCCGCCGCUGGCCAAAGCCGUGGCAGCCAACAGCUCGGACACGGAGGAUGGCAACCCCCGCACUCCGCACAAGGAAGCAGCUCCUGAGGAGAGUAAGAUGGAACCGGAGGAGAAUGAGGUGGAGAUGAAGGCGGUAGACACGUCUCCCGAUGGCAGGUUCUUGAAGUUCAACAUUGAGCUCGGAAGGGGUUCCUUCAAGACGGUCUACAAGGGCUUGGAUACAGAGACAACCGUAGAGGUGGCGUGGUGUGAGUUGCAGACUCGGAAGUUAUCAAAGGCAGAGAGGCAGAGGUUCAGUGAGGAGGUGGAGAUGCUGAAGGGAUUGCAACAUCCCAACAUUGUGCGCUUCUACGAUUCCUUCAAGUCUUCUGUGAAAGGCCACAAAUGUAUUGUGCUGGUGACUGAGCUCAUGACAUCAGGGACACUCAAAACGUACCUAAAGCGUUUCAAAGCAAUGAAAAAUAAGGUUCUGCAGAGGUGGAGCAGACAGAUCCUGAAGGGUCUUCAGUUUCUUCAUACACGAUCACCUCCCAUUAUCCACCGGGAUCUGAAAUGCGAUAACAUCUUCAUCACAGGACAAACAGGCUCGGUAAAAAUUGGUGACCUUGGUCUUGCAACACUGAAAAGCGCCUCAUUUGCAAAAAGCGUAAUAGGUACUCCAGAAUUUAUGGCCCCUGAGAUGUACGAGGAAAAAUAUGAUGAAGCAGUUGAUGUUUAUGCAUUUGGCAUGUGCUUAUUGGAAAUGGCCACCUCAGAAUACCCAUACUCAGAGUGCCAUAAUGCAGCCCAGAUAUAUCGCAAAGUAACAAGUGGUGUUAAGCCAGCCAGUUUUAACAAGGUAAAAGUCCCAGAACUUAAAGAGAUUAUUGAAGGAUGUAUCCGCCAAAACAAGGAUGAGAGCAGGUACACCAUUCAGGACCUUCUUGACCAUUCAUUCUUCCAAGAGGACACUGGUGUUCAUGUGGAACUUGCUGAAGAAGACGAUGGAGCGAAAUCUGCCCUAAAACUCUGGCUCCGCAUGGAUGAAUCAAAGAAACUCCAUGGCAAAUACAAAGACAAUAAAGCCAUAGAGUUCUUCUUUGAACUAUAUAAGGAUGUUUCAGAAGAGGUGGCCCAGGAAAUGGUGACCUUGGGUUUUGUCUGUGAGGCUGACUACAAAUUAGUUGCAAAGGCCAUCAAAGACCGUGUGACUGAGGUCAAGAGAAAGCGCGAGCGAAACCAACGCAUACAGGAGGAGCUGAAAAAAAAAGAGCAAGAGAAAAAGAAAAAGAUUUGUGAGCUCUUGGAAGAACUGAACUUGCCCCAAGACGGAACCGAAAGUGCAGCUGGAGUUGCUCAGCCACCACAGUCUCUAGCCACCACACGUCCCAUUGAAACACUACUGAAUUCUCCCUUUCCACCAGAGCCUGAGGAGCCAGAGGCUGAUCAGCAUCAGACUUUUCGAUAUAGGAACACGAAUUAUUCUUCAGCUACAUCUGAUUGUGAGACUGAUGGUUAUUUGAGUUCUUCUGGAUUCUUGGAUUCCUGUGACAACUUGCACAUGGCUGGCCAGUUAGCCCCAAAGUCUGGAAUUGGUCUCCAAUUUCCUGCUAGCAUUGCAGUGACCAUUCCCUCAAAACAAUAUUCAUCAAUUCACGGUGGGCUAAUUUCACCAGGUGAUAGCUACGCGUCGGAUGCUGCUUCUGGAAUGAGCGAUGGCUAUGAAGGCCUGUCUGCAGGUGAAGGUUCAGUGAAAGUACCUGCGAAACGUAUAGCAAGUAAAUUCCUGCGAAAGCGUGGCAGAUCCAGGCUACGGAUUCUUAAUGUUUCAGACAAAGGAGAUCGAGUUGUAGAAUGCCAGCUUCAAACCCACAACAACAAAAUGGUGACCUUCAAGUUUGACCUAGAAGGCGACUUCCCAGAAGAGAUUGCUGCAGUUAUGGUCAGCAGAGAGUUCAUCCUACAAUCAGAGCAGGACAGUUUUGUCAGCAAGCUGCAAGAAAUCAUACACAAGGCAGUGGCCGUGUUGAAGAAGGACAUUCACAAUAAAAAUACAGCUAAACAGCCAAGUACUCCAAGCUCCCAUGAUUCACAAGAAGCAGAGAAGUCAAACCACUCACCACACCCUUCGUCAUUGCCUUCAACUGGAAUAGGAGAGGGUACCUCACACAGUCACGUGGUUGAGUCUCCAAGAAGAAAAUUUUUGGUCAGCCAUGUUCCUGAAACUUCAUCAAGUUUGACCUGCCAAGCCAGAGCAACAUCUCAAGAAAUUUUAACUGGCCAUACAACAGUGGAAACGUAUAAUGUAGUGGCACUCUCCAGUCGUGACCCUGUCCCAGCCUCUGAAAAUCCACCCAGUGGAACUGACACUACUUUGCCUACAACAUCUCUCCUUGCUGCUGCAUGUACUGCAAACGUUCAUCUAAGCUCAACAGUGAAUCAGCAGGGAAGUGGGCAACAUACCGCCCAAGGAGAGCUUCCAACAAAAGCAACAGAGAAUGCUGACAAAGAAAUGCCACCACUUCUGCAGCCACCAACUACAGCCUGGCCACCAACUACGCAGCCUCUGUCUGUUCUGGCUGACGUAUUGUCGUUGAUGUGUGUGAGUCAUCUUGCCCAUUCAAUCAUACCUAGCAAUUCUUCACAAUCACCACUGAUAUCCCCCUGCAGCAACAACUCUUCCCCGAGCUCGCCUCUGAUCUCCCCAGUUGACGUCUCCUGCUUACCUCACCUUUUGUCACCAGAACCAAAUGCUGGACCUCUGCCAAAUAAUGGCAUCAGAAGUUUAAGCAAGCAACUUGGAUCCGAAUACAAUAGGUCUCAUGAGGUUCUGGGAAAUGUCAGCUAUUUGUCAGGAAUGUCACCCUCCAAAUUCAAUCACAUGUCCUCAAGUAAUAAAGGUGACCUGAGUCCAAUUUACCUGGAUAUCCCACAGCAGAAAAUAACUGCUCCUACAAAUUUCCAGAUGUCUAUGCCAAUUCCAAUACCAGCUUCUUACAAGAACCAUGUCUCACCAGCAAAUUCUCCAUUGCAUUCAAAUCUCAGUCCUACAUUUAACCUUGCAGCUUCACUCUCACCACAGCAGAAUGGUAAUCCAGGAAAUUAUGGAAGCAUUGGUUUCCAAGGCAGAACAUCAAACUCACCCAUUAUGUCUCAAACACCUGUUACAGACUCAACUACAGGUCUUGAGGACAGACAGUUCUCGCUGUUGGAUAUAAGUAACAAAAACACACCAACAAUAUUUGUGACUGAAACCUUAACAUCACAGUCAGGAAAGUCACCAUUGCCUUCCAUAUGUGAGGAGUUCAAAGGUUUUCAACAAUCUGAGUCAUAUCAGCCCUUUCCAGUGGAAGACUUUGAGUUUUUGAAAACUCAGGAUCUAAAUAAAAAGGAUUCUGAACUAACAAAAGAAAGUGAUCCUAAAGCAAAAGAUGAAUUGGUUCCAGGCAACGGUACCACUUUGCUUUCAAUGAUGAUGUCCAAGGACUCAAAGUUGGAUGUUGCAUUUGGAACCCAUCAGGACAGCAGUAACAGCAACCUAGUGCCUCUGCCAGUUUCACCCAUCAAUUUGAUGAAACCUUCCUUUGUCAUUCCUGAUGCUGCUGCAGACAGUCAUACUCCGGAAGGUAACAAAGUAGUGGCCAGUUCAGGAGAUGAGAAACAAAACAGUGAUUCCAUGUUAUCAGAUGUGCACAACUAUUCAGUCCCGGUGCCUGGACGGAUUCAGCAUCCACGAACUUCAAUCUACAUCAGCAGCGAUGAUUCUGAAACUGACGACGAUGAAAUAUUUGAAGAGUUGCAAACUCUGAGAGAAAAGCACUUGGCAGAGGUUCAGAGAUUGCAAGCAAUGCAGAAGAAGGAAAUUGAACAGCUCUACGAAAAGAUGGGUAAGGUGCCCCCUGCUGGAAUAGUAUCACCAGCUGCAAUCCUGAAUGGAAGGCAGAGGCGUUUGUCUAAAGGCAAUUUCAACCAAUCCCGUCGUAACAGCCUGCAAAGACUUGAACCUUUACAACAACCAGGCUUUGGCAGAAGGAAUUCCUUAACUGGCAUCUGCAGUGUACAAGAUCAGUGGCAAACACAGUCCAACAUUGGUGGGGGUUACUUUUCCUAAUGGCUUCUAAACACUGUCUCCAACCAUGGGCCAAGAGACCACAACUGUAACAGAUCAUUCCUCUACCCUCCCACGAGUAUUCCAGCAGUUUCAUGCUACGUGUCCUGGGUUCUGGCACACAAAACAGAUCUUCUGUGACGUUAUGGCAGCUACUUUACGAAUUGCCUCCUCUGGUCUAUCUCACCAGCCCAUGAUGAUACUGCAGAGUAGGUUGGUUACACUGCUAUCCCUAAAUCUAAAACUUAUUGCUAGGCUGAGCUCAGACCUUCCUUUAGCAUUUUCAGGAAGGCUAGAUCAUCCCUCCAUGGAUUGUCCAAUCCUGAAUACUCCUGAUAUGCUCAAUAUUUACAUUUUGCAUAGUCUGUUGCUGUCUCAUCAGCUCUUGAACCACUGACAUUAUUGUUCCACUGUUACUCUCACCUCCCACCCUUGUUGUGCCUCACUUACCCCUUAAUAAAGCAACAUCUCUCUUCAUUGCCAACAUUCCCGGAACUUGCCCACGUACCAUCCCACACCCCCUGGGCCAUACUGUCCCACACAUUCCUCAGCCACUUCACUUUUACCAACACAUGUAUAUCUUUAGGAUACAUCUGGUGAAUUUAACCAUUUCCUCGAGCUUGUCCCAGAAUCCUGUAUUUUGGCAGGGGACCUUAAAUGAGGGCAACUCUGACAAAAUGCUCUGCUUCUCCCCGAGGGUGAAGGGCUUAUGAGUUGUCAAGGGCUGCUUCAGGUCAUCAGGGUUCUUGAUUUGAUGUUACCUAACCCCAAAAAGAUCCAUUCUGACAGAUAUAUCUGGGUAUAACCAUUCCCUCAACAAUCACCACACUCCAUAACUCCCACACUACACAAAAUAUAAAUGAUGGAUAAAAAUUAAACAGUACAUACUUAAAACCAGAGUAUGUACUCUGCAGUCUGCCACUUCUGUGCAUCUGAACUCAUAAUGCCUGUUGUAUCCCUUUGCAUUUAAAACUCUUACAUCAAGGUUACAGGCUUUUUCUUAAAUCACACAAACACACUCACAAACACAUCGGCUACUACAAAGCUCCCUGAUCGAGUAUACACAAACCCACUGGCGUCCCAAACAGUCAGUAACCACCCUUCACAAUUGGUACCCCUCUCUCACCAAAUUAACACAAAAAUGCCCAGUCUCUUACAUAACCACAUGUACAUUUCCACACACACUGCACUACUUUUAUAUCUAGUAGUUCAAGUCCCUACCUUGUUCGUGAUCCCACGGUCACUGACCUGAACAGAUCAAAGUGUGAGUACUAAUUUUUAAAAAAAAUAUUCACCCACUUAGACUGUGGAGGUCAAUGGUCACACAAUAGGAUACAAACAUAUUCUGGAUGAGCCCCCAAAUAUUGUGACUGUGAACAAUGUCAGUGGAGAGACACUAGAGCUAAUGGAUAUAAAAGCCUUUAUGCAGUAUUCGAGACACUCUUAGGAGAAGAGGCCUGCCUGACCCAAUUCAGGUUUAUAUGCUAAAGAUCAAAGUUAACAGCAGGACAGUUUUACAGUUCCAAUGCAUCUACAUUGCUUCCUUUGAAUUACAUAUAAUUUUUAAACACCUCUGUCUUCACACUCACCCUCCAGACACCCAAAAUCAAUGCUAAUUCCCACCAACUCUGGGCCGCAUUCAUGCUGUUUCAGGCUUCUGUGAUCAAAUGGAGUGAUUCUUUGUUUGCAAUCAACCCCCAAAAUGCAGCUCCUGGAAGAUCAUUGUUCAGAGCUGUGGUUUAAAUUCAAUCUACAAUCCACAUUCAGAUCUGGAGAUUGGCUACUGUAAAAAUUAGUAUUUGCUAUAUACCGUAAAUCCAGAAUAUGCCCCAACAUAGACUAGAUAAUAAAUUUUGCCUUAAUUUUAGAGGAAAUUUGAUAACCCUGGCAAUUAGAAGACAAUAAGAACACUUGAUAUUAAGCAGCCAUUAUAAAUCAUUUUUAUAGUUUUGUAUUAAAGUGUGUUUUUCCAUUGUUACAAACUGUAAGGACUGAAUUUAUUGAUUUUGUUUCUCUGUAUAUAUGUAUAUAGAAAAUGUAAAUUUUAUGCAGUAAAUUAUACCAAUAUUAUAUUGAUAAUUAGAUCUGUUUUAAAAUAAACUAUACAGGUAACAUUCCCAGAUGGAAGAUUUAGAUGCAUUUAUUAUCCCUUUUCUUUACAAUAAACUUUAUAUUUGCUUAUUUGAAACACAAAGGUGUUAUUUCACGUGAGAUUUCUCAUUUUGUAAAAUAUGGUGCAGUGUUUUGAGUUGCAAAGCUGAUUUUAGUAUAAAUGUGCAUCUGCACAGAAUGGAGAUUCUGUAUUUGUUGACAUUUGUUAUCUCAAGAAAGUUGAUCUUAUAAUUUUUUUAUGAUUCAAAUCAUUAACUAUGUAUAUUCAUCUUAUAAUAAGAUGCUAGAUAAAUUAUUUCACACUACAUGAUGGAAAUAAAACUUUAUAUAAACUGU